UGAACCUUUUAUCUAGAAUAUAAUUUCCAUUAUCUGUAUUAUGAUUAUCGCUUUUCUGGGUAUGUGAAAGAUUUCUCUUUGUUAUUUAAUCAGUGAAUCUCUUAGCUUUGUAUUGUGAGUGUAAAGUUUUCAAUAAUGCGUGUUCAAAGGUUGAACCUUUUUCUGUGUCUUCUGCAAAAACAUUUUUGCUCAGGUUUGAGAUUCCUUUGUCUAAACAUGUUUUCUCUUUUCUUUGUUUUUUUGGGUUCUAGCUAGAUCCUAUCUGUAAUUCAAUUUAAAAUCUCCUAUUUUUUAAUCCAACUUGUUUUUGAUAGGCCAGUCACAGAGACAGAUUUUGCUCACGAUUUUUUGUCCAUACCAAAAGUUGUCUCGUUUUCAGUGGUCUAUCUUGACCAGAGAGAGAAAGAGAGAGAAAGAGAGAGUUGUUUUGUUUUGUCUGAUUGGUGAAAUGCGAAAGAUUGGUUUUGUUUCAUAUUCUGCACAUUGGAUAUAUCACUAGAGAUUAUUGGAUUGAUCAUGUUUCAUAUUCUGCACAUUAAAUAUAUCACUAGAGAUUAUUGGAUUGAUCACUAGGUGUUGCUGAAUAAAAAAACUGAUGCUUUCACUUAAAUGGUUUAACUGGCUAAUACUGAUGUUUUUUCUUGUUGUAGGUAAUUCUGCAACAUGGAAGAAGAUUCCGAGGAGCUUCAGGUGCCCAUCGCCACUCUAAAAUCCAUAGGUUUUAGUAUUUCGAAGGAUGAAGAUAGAGUGAAAAUGGCGGCUUUCAUGGAGGUUGAAGCACCGAACCAAGUCAGUGAUUCCCGGUUAGGGCUCCCUAAUCCGGAUGGGAUUUGCAGAGCAUGUGGCAGCAAAGAUAGAAAAACUUGUGAAGGGCAUUUCGGGGUUAUUAAGUUUCAGUAUUCGGUAAUUAACCCUUAUUUCCUCAAGGAGAUAGCUGCAUUGCUUAACAGAUUCUGCCCUGGCUGUAAAAACAUUCGCAAGAAGCAGUCUCAGAGUAUUGAAGACCGGAUUGAGAGAUGUAGAUACUGCACUUCAAAUACAGGUUACCCUCUAAUGAAGUUUAGGGUAACUACUAAAGAAGUCUUCAGGCGAUCCGGGAUUGUCUGUGAAGUAAGUGAAGACAAUCUCUUGAAACUGAAGAAACGAGGAGUCUUAACAUUACCUCGUGAUUAUUGGGAUUUUGUGCGUAAAGACUCCAACAUCGACGAAAGCAGUUUGAAACCAGCCAGGCGGAUUCUAACGCAUGCACAGGUUUAUGGUCUGUUGUGUGGGAUUGAUGAGAGGCUCAUCAGGAAGGACAUUCCAAUGUUUGACUCUCUUUCUCUAACAUCUAUUCCGGUUCCACCAAAUGGUUACCGUAUAACCGAGUUAGUUAACCAGUUCACUGGACCGAAACUAAUUUUUGAUGAACGUACUCGGAUCUACAAGAAAUUAGUUGGCUUCGAAGGAAAUUUGCUUGAGUUGAGUUCUCGUGUGAUCGAAUGCAUGCAAUACUCCAGACUCUUUUCUGAAAAUGUGUCUUCGAGUCAAGAAUCCGCAAAUCCUUACCAGAAGAAGUCAGAUACACCGAAGUUGUGUGGUCUAAGGUUCAUGAAAGAUGUUCUUCUUGGUAAAAGAAGCGACCAUACAUUCAGAACAGUUGUUGUUGGUGACCCUUCUUUGAAGCUUAACGAGAUUGGUAUACCGAGGAGGAUCGCAGAGAGGCUUCAAGUAACAGAGAAUCUCAACAACUGGAACAGAGAACGUCUCGUCACUUCCUGUUUCCACAAACUGCUGCUCGAGAAAGGAGAGGUUUAUGUAAGAAGAGGAGAUAGCUUAGUGGCUAUCAGAGAAAUCGAUGACCUACAAACCGGAGACAACAUUUUCCGGACAUUAAGAGAUGGAGACACGGUGUUGAUGAACAGACCUCCUUCGAUUCAUCAGCACUCGCUUGUCGCUAUGUCGGUUAGAGUCCUCCCGACCACUUCUGUUGUCUCCUUGAACCCGAUCAUCUGUUUGCCGUUUCGUGGUGACUUUGAUGGAGACUGUCUUCACGGUUACGUUCCUCAGUCUGUUCAAGCCAAGGUUGAGCUCGAUGAGCUUGUGGCUUUGGAUAAGCAGUUUGUUAACAGGCAGAAUGGUCGUAACUUGCUUUCUUUAGGACAGGACAGCUUGACUGCAGCUUAUCUUGUUAAUGUCGAGAAGAACUGUUUUCUGAACCGAGCUCAGAUUCAGCAGCUGCAAAUGUACUGUCCCUUUCAGCUUCCUCCGCCUGCGAUCAUCCGAGCUUCUUCUUCUUCUUUGAGCAGCAGAGAGGAGCCUCAAUGGACCGGAAUGCAGUUGUUUGGGAUGCUUUUCCCUCCCGGGUUUGAUUACAGUUACCCUCUGAACAAUGUGGUUGUAAGCAACGGAGAGCUUUUGUCUUCCUCUGAAGGCUCUGCUUGGUUACGUGAUGGAGAAGGUAACUUCAUCCAGGGUUUGCUCAAGCACGACAAAGGGAAAGUGCUUGAUAUCAUUUACUCCGCUCAAGAAAUGCUCUCUGAGUGGUUGCUGAUGCGUGGACUUAGUGUGUCCUUGGCUGAUUUGUACUUCUCCUCUGACUCUCAGUCUCGGAGAAACUUGACAGAUGAGAUAACAUACGGUUUGCAGGAAGCUGAACAAGUCUGCAACAAGCAACAGCUUAUGGUCGAGUCCCGUAGAGGUUUUCUUGCGGUUAACGGAGAAGAAGAGGAGGAGGAAGAUUUGACUGCUGAUUUGGCACGGUUCUGCGUCGAGAGACAGAGAUCAGCGACGCUAAGUAAACUUGCAGUGAGUGCUUUCAAGGACGCUUAUAGAGAUGUUCAAGCAUUGGCUUAUAGGUACGGUGAUCAAUCAAAUUCAUUCUUGAUCAUGUCAAAAGCUGGAAGCAAAGGAAACAUAGGGAAGCUGGUUCAGCACAGCAUGUGCAUUGGUCUGCAGAAUUCUUCGGUUGCGUUGUCCUUCGGGUUUCCACGUAAGCUGACUUGUGCUGCUUGGAACGACCCGACCAGUCCGCUUCGUGGUGCAAAGGGAGAAGACAAAACCGCUUCUGAGUCCUUUGUCCCUUAUGGAGUCAUCGAGAACUCGUUUCUAACGGGUCUGAAUCCGUUGGAGUCUUUUGUGCAUUCAGUGACAAGCCGUGAUAGCUCCUUCAGUGGUAAUGCUGAUCUCCCGGGGACACUUAGCAGAAAGUUGAUGUUCUUUAUGCGUGACAUAUACGCUGCUUAUGACGGGACAGUGAGAAACUCGUUCGGCAAUCACUUAGUACAGUUUUCUUAUGAGACUGAUAGUCCUGUAGAAGAAAUAGCCGGCGAAGCAGUAGGGUCACUUUCUGCCUGUGCUCUCACUGAAGCUGCUUACAGUGCUCUAGACCAACCCAUUAGCCUUCUUGAAACUUCUCCGCUUCUGAAUCUUAAGAAUGUGUUAGAGUGUGGAUCGAAGAAAGGUCAACGAGAACAGACAAUGUCUCUCUAUUUGUCUGAAACACUAUCUAAGAAGAAGCACGGGUUCGAAUAUGGGUCACUGGACAUCAAGAACCACUUGGAGAAACUGAGUUUCUCAGAGAUCGUUUCGACAUCCAUGAUAAUAUUCUCUCCGAGGAAAUUCACCAGGAUACCUUUGAGCCCAUGGGUUCUCCAUUUUCAUAUCUCCAAGAAAGCAAUGAAGCAGAAACAACUGAACGCCGAAUCUGUUGUCUCUUCGUUAAACAAGCAGUAUACGAGCAGGAAGAACGAACUGAAGCUUGAUCUAACUGAUUUACAAAUACAAAGCACAAACCACUGCUCUUGGGAUGAUAAGGCAAUGGAUGAUGAUAGAUUCUGCAUCACAGUUACCGUUGUGGAAGCCUCCCAUUUUUCUUCUUUGGAACUUGAUGCUAUUAGACUUGUCUUGAUCCCUUUUCUUCUCGACUCUCCUGUCAAAGGCUACCGUGAGAUUAAAAGAGUGGAUAUUUUAUGGGCUGAUCGACCAAAAGCUCCCAAAAGGAACGUGAAUUCUUUGCCCGGUGAGCUUUUCUUGAAGGUUACUAUGUAUGGAGAUGGAGGCAAGAAGAACUUUUGGAGUGCUCUUCUUGAAACCUGUCUUCCUGUUAUGGAUGUGAUCGAUUGGACUCGAAGCCAUCCUGAUAAUAUCCGUCAAUGCUGCUCAGUGUAUGGAAUAGACGCUGGACGAAGCAUUUUCCUAGCAAAUUUGGAGUCUGCGGUGUCUGAUACUGGUAAGACGAUACUACGUGAACAUCUGCUUCUUGUAGCUGAUUGUCUCUCUGUUACUGGAGAGUUUGUGGCAUUAAACUCCAAAGGUUGGGGUAAACAAAGACAGGUCGAGUCCACUCCUGCACCUUUUACUCAAGCAUGCUUCUCGAGCCCAAGUCAAUGCUUUCUCAAAGCUGCUAAGGAAGGUGUCAGAGAUGAGCUUCAAGGAUCUAUCGACGCAUUAGCUUGGGGAAAAGUUCCUUGUUUUGGGACUGGAGAUCAAUUCGAAAUCAUCAUUUCUCCAAAGAAUCAUGGGUUUAGUACACCCGUAGAUGUGUUUGACUUUCUGAGUAGUACAGCGACACUUCCAAAGACAGGGAAGGUGCGUGCAACAAACUCCAUGCCUAAAUCAGACAAAGUCACGGUCCAGCCAUUCCCUUUGCUCGAUAACGCUAUCUCCAAAGCAAUCAAUACACUCGAUGGGAAAGGACUCGCCAUGUCGCAGCUCAGAAAUAUCUUAACAUGGGACGGCAUCGAAAAGCUUUCUCGAUCACUCAAACGAAUACUUUACAAUUACGAGAUCGAUGCUCCGUUGAAUGAGAAGGAUGAGAGACAUUUGAUGAUGGCUCUACUCUUCCACCCCAAUAGAGAUGAGAAAAUUGGACCAGGCUUCCAAGGAAUUAAGGUGGCUAAUUCUAAACAUGGGAAUGCUCGUUGCUUCGAGGUUGUAAGAACAGAUGGAACAACAGAAGAUUUCUCUUACCACAAGUGUGUAUUGGGAGCAACAGAGAUCAUUGCCCCUACGAAAGUGAACUUCUACAAGUCCAAGUAUCUAAACCCGAAACCCGUUAAAGAAAACCCGAAAACCCGUUGAAUCAAAAGAAGAAGAAAAAAAACUGUCUUUUUUUUUUUUUGUCGAUAUCAGAUCGAACAAUGUAGGAAGGUGUGUGUGUGUGUGUGUGAUUCUGUUAAAAAAAAAAGUGAUAGAUAGAAAGAUAGAUAUAGGGGAAAAGCCUUUUGGCUUUGCUCUAAGCUUCUUUUUGCUCCUUUCACUAUGUGAUACCUUUGCCUUACAAUUUAAUGGCUUAAAGGUUAAUUACUUAGUGGAAGUAGCAACGAGAAGCUGGCAAAGAGGCUUCUGUUCUGUUUCUUGUUUCUGUUUCUGUUUCUAUUUGUAAAACUAUGGAGUUUCCGGUUUAAUUAUGAAAUA